UGAAUGUUCACGUGGUUUGUGUGGGUCACGUCAACAAUAAAUGUCCUCAUGGAGAUACAUGUGCAGUUUGAGGUGUUUAUGUGUUUGAAAUAGGCAAGAAAAAUCACCGUGUGUUUGCUAUUUUAAAGUCUUUGUGGUUCAGUUACCGCAUGUACGUUUUAAAAGACGUCUAGCCGAGUUACCGAGUUUUCCAGCUCAUACUAGACACAGUGAGUUUAAUUUGUGUGAGAGAUGAAGGGUAAAUGGAAGCAGAACAGCAAAAAGAAGAAGGGAAAUGCAGUGUUACAGAAGUACAUGACGGCAGUGGAUGAGUUUAUUAAAAGCAAAAGUGGCCCUGAAGAAGAGAGAGAAGAGGAGAGUGACCAUGGGCUGAGGUUUGUGAAAAAGAAAAGCAGAAAGGAGCUGCGCAAAGAAAAGAGAAAGAUGAAAAAAGCCAAAAUGAAGAGUCACUAUGAGGGCAAAAAGACUGUAGAUGAUGGGGGAAACUCAGCAGUGCCAGAUGAUGAGCAGCCCGGGCAGAAACAGAAGAAGAAAACAGAGAAAGCAAAGAAAGAAGUGUCAAAAGCACAUUCAAGUAGUGCUCCUACAGAGAAGUCAGACAAGUCCAAGACACCAGCAUCCUCCAAGAAAGGCAAGAAAGCCAGCAAGCUACAAGAAUCAAGAAAGAUGGCACUCCUGGAGGCAAAUGAAGACGAGGACAGGGAAAUAAAGAAACUAGAGCGAUGUCUGGGAUUAAACAAGAGGAAAAACAAGAAAAGUCUCCCUCAGUCUUUUGUGGCCGAUGGACUUGAUUACAUCCUCGGUAUGUUGGACUCUGGCUCGUCCGGGGCUGCGGGGAUGUACGAUGAUGACGAUGACAUGGACGUGGCUAAACAGAACUUUGAAAAGCUUGAAGAUGAGAACGACUCUCAGCUGUCAGAUGGGGACGAUCAACCUGGAGAUGAGAUGGAGAGUGAAGACAAUGAGGAGGAAGAGGAUGAUGAUGAUGAUGAUGAUGAUGAUGAUGAUGAUGAUGAAAUGGUUGAUGAGGAGGAUGAAGAGGAGGAGGAGGAAGAAAUGGAGGACGACCAGGAUGAGCUGGAUGAGAGUAAUGCCGUUGAGACAGAGGAGGAAGAAGCAGACACACCUGUCAUAAACACGUCAGACUCAAAGUCAGAAACUGUAACCUCUGCAGCUGGGAAGUAUGUGCCGCCUCACUUGCGAGGCGCCGGAGAUGAUAAACGCAAAGCGGAGCUUGAAAAACUGAAGAGGAAUGUGAAAGGCCUGCUGAACAGGUUGAGCGAGGCCAACAUGGCGUCCAUCUGUGGUCAACUGGAGGAGCUGUACAUGAGCUGCAGUAGGAAGGACAUGAACGACACCCUUACGGAGGUGUUACUAGCAGCCUGCGUCACCCCGGCCCUGAUGCCGGACAGACUACUGAUGGAGCACGUCCUGCUUGUCAGCGUCCUCCAUCAUGCUGUCGGGUUAGAGGUGGGAGCACAUUUCCUGGAGACGGUCGUGCGAAAAUUUGACGAGGUGUACAAGAACCCAACCGAAGGCAAAGAGUGCGACAACCUGGUCGCCAUCAUCGGUUACCUCUACAACUUCCAGGUGGUGCAUUCUGUCCUCAUCUUCGACAUCCUCAAACUUUUGGUCGGAGCCUUCACAGAGAAGGACGUCGAGCUGGUUUUGUUCGUGCUGAGGAAUGUCGGCUUUGCCCUGCGGAAGGACGACGCUCUGGCUCUCAAGGAACUCAUCUCUGAGGGCCAGCGCAAGGCCAACCUCAUGGGGUCCAAGUUUCAGGAUCAGACCAGGGUGCGUUUCAUGCUGGAAACCAUGCUGGCUUUGAAGAACAAUGAUAUGCGGAAGAUCCCAGGCUAUGAUCCUGAACCUGUGGAGCGACUGAGGAAGUUACAGAGGACUCUGAUCCAACGGAGCGCAGGAGGCAGCGACGUGAAACUGAGGGUCUCUCUGGAAAACCUCCUGGCUGCAGAGCAAGUGGGUCGCUGGUGGAUCGUCGGCUCCUCGUGGAGUGGAGCGCCCAUGAUCAGCGAACAAGGGAAAGCGACCUCGAAAGAGAGUACCGCUGAAGGACAGUUCAGUGCCAAAGUCUUAGAGCUGGCCAGGAAACAGAGAAUGAACACCGAGGUCAGGAGAAACAUCUUCUGUGUGAUCAUGACCAGCGAAGAUUACCUGGACGCGUUCGAGAAACUCCUCAGGAUGGGCCUGAAGGACAAGCAGGAGAGAGAGAUCAUUCAUGUUCUGAUGGACUGCUGUCUGCAGGAGAAAACCUUUAAUGCCUAUUACGCCGUGCUCGGGGAGAAAUUCUGCUCCCAGGAUCGACGCUUCCAGAUGACUUUCCAGUUCAGCCUAUGGGACAAGUUCAGGGAGCUGUCCAACCUUUCCACCAGCACCUUUAACAACCUGGUCCAGCUGGUUACCCGCUUCCUCCAGAGGAAGUGCCUCUCGCUCUCCAUCCUCAAAGUAAUCGAGUUCGGGGAACUAGAUAAGCCCACGGUGCGCUUCUUGCGUCAGGUGCUGACCAAACUGCUGAAGGAAACAGAUCCUGACGACCUAGCCAGCAUAUUUGGAAGGAUUUCAGGAAUUCCCAAGCUAGGAAUGCUGCGGGAGGGCUUGAAGCUUUUCAUCAGUCACUUCCUGCUGAAGAGUGCCCAGUCACAGGGACCAGCUGAACAAGCAGCGCUGCUGUCAGAGCGCGCUCAGGUCGCCACCAAAUCCAUGGAGGCCAAAGAGGCCAAGCUCAAACUGUAAAACACACACACACACGAACAAGAAGCCCGACAGACGUAUGUAACAAAAAAACGCGGGAACAGAAGAAGGCUUGUUAGCAGGAGACAAAGGACUCAAACCUGCCAGUGUUUUGCAAAGAGGAAUAAAUGUGAUUUUGAUAUUAAAUUAAUGUUUUUACUUUGGGAAA